AGGCGGUCACUCAUUUCUGGUUCUAGCCCUCUCGGCUCUCUUCGUGGUCAACGAUUUUCGUCGGAAACCUAAUUCUGUCGUCUACAUUCGGUACAAAUCCCUAAUCACAAGCCAUUUCUAUCUUCCUCGUUAGAUUUUCUCAGGAAAACCCGAGUUUUGGCGGGAAAAUUGAUUUCAAUCUGGUGACGAUCGAUGUGCUUGUUUUUUGCACCGUGAGUGAGUGAUGGAACAGCACUUGCGAGGUUCUCAGUCGCCGAUCGACGUCUUCAAGUACCGCCGUCGUCAACUGUCGCCGCUCGCGCCCCUGCACAAUCUGAUCGCGCCGCAGCCGGGUGACGGCGUUUCGGUUGCCGGAAGCUGCGGCUCCAAGGGCCAGUUUGUGCAUGGUAAAGAAAAUCUGCAUCCAACUUCUUUCCCUGCCAAGAACAAAUCCGAGGCACAGAUGUGCAAGUCUACAACUAGCUCAGGAUUAUGCACACCCAGCCCAAAGUCCCACGUCGCCCAUCAGGUCAUGGCGUCAGCUGUUACAGAAGCAGCAGCAGCAGCGUUAACCUCAUCGCCAAAGCCAAAUAACACCAGCUGAAUCACAGGUUAUCUUGCCUCCAACUGAAUCACAGGUUAUUGAGGUUAUCUUGCCUCCAACUGAAUCACAGGUUAUCUUGCCUCCAACUGAAUUACCUUCAUCGAACGAAGAUGUGGAUGCAUCCAGCACUGCUGGGUUGAGUCUUGUCUAUGGUCCUACUACAAGAAGGAGAUUGCCACUGUUUACUGAAAUUUGCCCAGAGUAGUGAUUCUGAUGUGUAGUCUAGAGAACCUCGAUUUCAGACAAAAUAUAUACUGCACUGCAUAUUCGUCCUGUUAGAUUCGGGUUAUAACAUUACAUAAGACAAAAGGUAUAAUGUAAAUUCGUCAUGCUGCUCAUAUUCUAGUGUAUUGAUUGGGAUUAAAUUGAGGAAAACUCGUUGCCAACUAUACUUGUAGAGGUUUUGUUGAUGCUCUGUUAUGGUGUAUAAUAUCUGGAUGGUAUUGCAUUCGAUGGUGCUUGAAAAUUAAAAGGACAGUGGAUUUAUGGUGUAUAAAAUCUCUUUGUUGCAGUUUUUA